GGAAACGAGGGUGGCAGAAAAAGAGAAAAUCCUCAGGAGUGUGCACCAGGGAGAGCUGGAAAGUGCAGAGGGAGACGGGUAGAGGUGCCGGAGCAUCAAAGUGCCCACUGGGGCUUGGAGAGGUUGCAGAGUGUGAAUUAAACACUGACGCUGUUGAUCCAGCGAAGAAGCCGGAGUAAGAGAGUGAGAUUGAAGGGAGGGAAUCUUCCAAGGGGGGCUCGAAGGAUUCUUUUACAGAGACAGGCUGACGAGACACAGCUGACUGAAAAGAUAACGACACAUUUGCUGCAAUUUUUUUUCCUGCUCUGAAAGCGUCCAAAGGGUAGUCGCUGAGAUUGAGACCAUUAAGAUGUCUCCUGCUGAUGCUGUCUGAAAUAUAAGUGGAUUACGACGGCAACAUUUCUGGACAGCUCUUUGAAAAAGGAAGAGGAAAUUCCUUAAGUGGUGGAUUUACAUUUGACAGAGUGGAAGAGGAAUCCUAUGCAGCUUUCGUCUUUCUUUUCCUGUGGAUUACAGAUGGGCUUUGUGAUCCCUCUGCACAGUCUCAUGGAUGACUGCGCACCAGUCAUUAGGAUAAAGUACAAAGAGGGACUCAAGUGAGUAGUGAGAUGAAUCUUUAUCUCUGAAGAUUAAGCAAACACGGAUGUUGAAAGAGAAUCUGUAAUGUAAUGUUUUGUCCCUGAUAAUGGGACAUGUUGGUAAUUUGUCCAAGUGUUACACUGCAUUUAAUGAGGGAUCCUCUUUCAUCAUUCUUUGAAUGAAGGGUUCUGUCUACCUGCUUGGCAAAGAGUGACUGACUUGAUUGGUUUAGUUCCUGUUCCCUGGAUACUGGCAGAAGCUACUUUGGGAAACACCAAACUCUGAUCGUCAGUGGACAAACUGAGGACAUUUCUCUUCAGCACACAGCUUGUUCUCCUCUGUCUCGAGCAAGGAUGGUACCCCCACCUCCUACCAACAAGCCACACGUGUGCCUGUCCACCAUCCUUAUCAUGAGCAGCAUGGCGCUAAUCGAUGCCUACCUGGUGGAGCAGAACCACGGCCCGCGAAAGAUUGGCAUCUGCAUCAUGGUGAUGGUGGGAGACAUCUGCUUUCUGAUUGUCCUGCGCUACGUGGCCGUGUGGGUGGGGGCUGAGGUGCGCACGGCCAAGCGAGGGUACGCCAUGAUCCUUUGGUUUCUCUACAUCUUUGUGCUGGAGAUCAAGGUGUACUUUGUGUAUCAGAACUAUAAGGCUGACAGGAAGAGCCUUGACGCUCUUGCCAGGAAGGCACUAACACUGCUGCUCUCCAUCUGCAUUCCAGUGCUCUUUGUGGUGCUGGUGGCGAUUGACCACAUGGAGUAUGUGCGUGCCUUCAAGAAGCGAGAGGAGAUCCGCAAUCGGCUCUUCUGGGUAGUGGUGGACUUGCUUGACAUUCUGGACAUUCAAGCCAAUCUGUGGGAGCCCCAGAAGAAGGGCCUCCCUCUGUGGGCAGAAGGCUUAAUGUUUUUUUACUGCUACAUACUCCUCCUCGUGCUACCCUGUGUGUCUUUGAGUGAGAUCAGCAUGCAAGGUAUCAACAUUGUGCCCCAUAAAAUGCUUUUGUACCCAAUCCUCAGCCUGGUGACUAUCAACAUCAUCACACUCUUUAUCCGUGGUGGCAACAUGAUUUUGUACAGGGACGCGAGGGUGUCGGGAAUACUAAUAGGAAAGAACAUACUGGCCAUCAUUAUAAAGACCUGCAGUUUUGUUCAGUACAGGAGACAGUUACAGAGUGCCCCUCCUGCUUUUGGGGUUGAGCUGCAGAAAAACUCAUUGGCCCAUGCCCGCCCUGCCCCCACCCCUACCCAGGCAGUUAUCCAGGAGCAGACACCCCUGCCCGAGGUGACAACAUGCGAGCACACGUGACAAAAUGCUCUGCAGGACCCUCAAGAUGCUGGCAGGGCGCAAUGUUUUACACUUUUUAGGUCAAGUGAACAUGAACAAUCAUCUCAACACACUGAGUACUGACGCACACACACAAGAUGUUUAGCCAGUAUCUCAAGUUCUGUCAUUUUGUAAAAUUACAUCUCUUGUGACUUUGUUGAAGCGCUUUCCUCCUGUGAAUUCAGUUGAUUGUGUAUCUUUCCAAUGGUACAAAAGGAAAAAAAAAAUAUAACACAAAAGUAUAUAUUUUUGAAUUGGCUAUUCCAUUCUAAUGUCUGAUGUGGUGUGCAUUUCUGUUGCUUGAAUAUUUUUAGUAGUCGGGGGCUUUAUAUCAAAACUCGAGCAAACAAUGAGUGACUCCACGUAAUGUGAAAUCAACAGUUAAAAUCAAGAUGAAAGCGUCUUUUCUAUGUGACCUUUUGAUAAAAUACUGCCCUUCUGUGAGAACAGGGUUUGCAUCACAUCAGUGGACCAGUCAAGUGUACGUUCUGUUUUUUUUUUUUUUUUUUUUAAUUCAAGUUCAGCACGUCGUGAAUUAAACUGUGCUGCAAAAAUAAAACAGACAAUGAUUUCCCCACUCGUUGCUGAAGUGGUGACUUUGCAGUCUCGUUCCUCUGUGAGGCUGUUUGCUGAU